CAUAGAAACAGGAAGUAGAAUACGCACCGAUUACCAAGUCAUCGUCAAAUAUAUCCACUGACACUAUAAGCAGGGAUUGUGAUACCAUUGUUCUUGUGGCAUACGAUUUAUUUAUAACUUAAAGUACCUAUAUAUUUAGCUGUUUAUUAAGAAUAUUCUCAUAAUUUUCGUGGAACACUUCAAGUAAGGCGACAGAUUUCUCCGGUGCAGUUUGAUGUCCAGUUGCACCGAUUCUGAGGACCCCCCAGCCAAGAAACCGCGGUUAGAGUCGUGUGUAGCUGAAAACGCAUCGUCGAACUCAGUGGAGGUAUUGUGUAUGGGCUCAAAGGUUGCAAAGGCUCCUAUGACUAUGGCACAAAAUGGGGCAGGAAAAAAGGGAGACAUUGAUGAAAGUCUGUAUUCCAGACAGUUAUAUGUACUGGGACACGAGGCCAUGCGGAGGAUGGCGAACUCCAAUGUCCUUAUCUGUGGGAUGAAAGGCCUUGGUAUGGAGGUGGCAAAGAAUGUUGUCCUUGCCGGAGUCAAGUCUGUAACCAUUCAAGACACGGAGAAUGUUGCCUGGAUGGAUUUUAGUUCACAAUUUUUCCUGAGAGAGGCUGAUUUAGGAAAGAACCGUGCCGUUGUUUCCCUCCCUCGUCUUGCAGAGUUGAAUAAUUAUGUUCCAGUUAAUUCUCACACCGAGGAGCUAACAGAGGACUUCAUUAAGAAAUUUCAGGUGGUUGUGCUGACCAACUCCGACACGGAUGAACAAGUGAGAAUUGGAGACAUGUGCCAUGCCAAUAACAUCCGCUUUAUAGCUUCGGAAUCAAGGGGUUUGUUUGGGAAGAUUUUCUGUGACUUUGGCGAGGAGUUUACAGUGUACGAUAACGAUGGAGAACAGCCAAUCAGCAAUAUGGUUGCCUCCAUCACGACCGACACAGAUGGUAUAGUGACCUGUCUAGACGAGGCUCGACAUGGCUACUCGGAUGGCGACCAUGUUACCUUUGCUGAGAUCAAGGGAAUGACACAGCUCAACAGCUGUACACCACGCAAAAUCAAAGUUCUAGGACCCUUUACAUUCAGCAUUGGGGAUACAUCGGGAUUCUCCGACUAUGCACGAGGAGGUGUGGUCACGCAAGUCAAGAUGCCACAAACAGUUACAUUUAAAUCUAUUUCCGAAUCUCUGAAAGCUCCAGAGUGUGUGAUCACAGAUUUCGCCAAGUUUGACCGUCCAGCCCAGUUACACGUAGCGUUUCAGGCACUUACUGAGUUCAAUAAGGCAAAGGGCUGUCUACCAAGGAGCAGAUGCAAGGCUGACGCUGAUGAGUUUGUUGCCAUGGUGAAGGAAGUCAACAGUAAAUCUGAAGCCAAGGUGGAUGACUUUGAUGACGAUGUCCUGCGAGAGCUGGCCUACACUGCCCGAGGUGACAUAUGUCCUGUGGCAGCCAUUGUUGGAGGCAUGACAGCCCAGGAGGUGAUGAAAGCCUGCUCUGGCAAAUUUAACCCUAUAUUCCAGUUUGUGUAUUUUGACGCAUUGGAGUGCCUUCCUGCUGACAAGGAUACAGUCCUUACUGAGGAGUCUUGUGCACCGGUGAAUGGUCGAUAUGAUGGACAGGUUGCUGUAUUUGGAAAGGAUUUCCAGAAGAAAAUGGGCUCAUUGAAUUACUUCUUGGUUGGAGCGGGAGCCAUUGGCUGUGAAAUGCUGAAGAAUUGGGCUUUGAUGGGUCUCGGGGCAGGAGAAGGUGGGAAAAUCAUUGUCACCGACAUGGACAUCAUAGAGAAGUCUAACCUUAACAGGCAGUUCUUGUUCCGACCCUGGGACAUACAGAAACACAAGUCAUCGACAGCGGCCAAUGCUGCUAAAGAGAUGAACCCCAACUUAAAUAUCCUGUCACAGGAGAACCGUGUGGGAGCAGAAACAGAAAACAUCUACACUGAUGACUUCUUUGAGAAGCUCGAUGGUGUUGCUAAUGCCUUGGACAAUGUUGAUGCAAGAAUGUACAUGGACAGACGAUGUGUAUACUACCGUAAACCUUUACUGGAGUCUGGUACUCUAGGAACAAAGGGAAACGUACAAGUAGUUAUUCCUCACGUUACGGAGUCCUACUCCUCGUCGCAAGAUCCACCAGAGAAAUCCAUACCCACCUGUACCCUCAAGAACUUUCCCAACGCGAUUGAACAUACGCUACAGUGGGCACGAGACCAGUUUGAAGGCGUCUUCAAUCAACCAGUAGAAGUAGCUCUUCAGUAUAUCAACGACCCAAAGUUCAUGGAGAGGACACUUAAGCUACAAGGCACCCAUUGUGUUGACACAAUGGAAACAGUUUUCAAAGCCCUGAUCAGUGAACGACCCAACAACUUCCAGGACUGCGUGUCGUUUGCUCGGAAUUUUUUCCAGGUCAAUUACCACAAUAAUAUAAGCCAGCUGCUGUUUAACUUCCCUCCGGAUCAGUUGACAACUUCAGGAGCACCAUUUUGGUCUGGUCCAAAGAGAUGUCCACAUCCGUUGAAUUUCGAUGCAGACAAUGAAGUACACAUGGACUAUGUGUGUGCCGCAGCGAACCUGCGAGCAGAGAUGUAUGGCAUCAAGCAAGUACGUGACAGGAACGCAGUCAAGGAAAUGGUUUCCAAAGUGGUGGUCCCCGAAUUCAAACCAAGAUCGGGAGUGAGGAUUGAAACCACUGAUGCUGAGGUGGAGUCUAACAGACUCGGUGGAGGGAACUCUGAUCUUGACCAACUGGAUCAUAUCCAGAAAGAGCUUGGCUCUCCAGAAAAGUGGAAGGACAUCCCAUUUGUAGCCAUAGACUUUGAAAAGGAUGAUGACACAAAUUUCCACAUGGACUUUAUAGUAGCCUGUUCUAACCUGAGAGCAGAGAAUUAUAGCAUCACCCCAGCAGAUAGACACAAGAGUAAACUGAUUGCAGGGAAGAUCAUUCCAGCUAUCGCGACAACCACAGCUCUGGUUGUUGGACUAGUCGGCAUAGAACUUAUCAAGCUUGCCCAAGGUCACAAAAAUAUUGAAAUGUACAAGAACGGAUUUGUGAACUUGGCACUGCCAUUCUUUGCAUUCUCGGAACCACUUUUGGCUCCAACAAACAAGUACUACGACAAAGAAUUCACUCUUUGGGACCGGAUAGAGAUUCAGGGGGACAUGACACUGCAAGAGUUCCUUGACCAUUUUAAGAACAACUUGGACCUGGAGAUCACAAUGUUGUCUCAGGGUGUGUCAAUGCUCUACUCCUUCUUCAUGUCCCCAGCUAAGCGGGCAGAACGACUGAAAAUGCCGAUGUCCGAGGUGGUGAAACAGGUGUCGAAGAAGAAGAUUCCCCCCUAUGUGAAGGCUCUGGUGCUAGAACUGUGUUGUAAUGAUAAGGACGGCGAGGAUGUGGAAGUGCCAUACAUCCAAUACCGACUCCCUUAGAGUUGUGUAGACGACAGUGUUCACAUGACAUUCAGUUCAACUGGAGCGUUAAAGAUUUAUCAGAGGAGCAGCCAUCUUAUGAUGCUUUCAUCAUCUGGUAUAGUGCAUAAUGUUUAUGACUAUAAGUGAAAUGAACAUUCUGGCAGUGUAUCUAUUUAAUUUAUUUCACAAAACUGUACUUUUAGUACAAAACGGCUACACACGGUGAAGUUUGUUUUUUUCUACAAAAGAGUGCUUAUAGUAUUGCAAAGAUUUGCAGACAUAGAGUUGUGUAGAGAAGAAAGAGUGCUCCAAUUUUCAUGAGUUCUAAAGCACAGUGAUAGCUUUUCUUGUUAAUUUUACUAUUAAAUGUGAUAUGAAAAGUGUAAAGGAAGUAUUUUGUACCUUGAUAAUAAAUUAGAGUGAAUUUUCAUUAUCAGACCAACCUCAUUGUCUUAGUUUAGUUAAAGCACUUAUUUCACAUUAUAAAUCAUACAAAUAAUAUCAAUCAUGUAAUGGGUUAUAUUUAUACCUUUAUUCUCCCUUUGUGUAGGGUAUCAAGAUCAAAUCUUUGUAUCAAGUGCUGCAGACAGUCAUAUUUUUUUUGUUCAUGUUUUUAUGUUAGAAAAUUGUUUCUGUAUUAAUUGUAUUCUGGUGUAAAUUAUCAAUGGAAAAAUGAUUAAAAAAAUACAUCACAAAAG